GGGGUGGAAGGGGAACAGCAUUCCCUGGGUGAGAGGGUAAUAUUUUUGUUACCAUCAGCAAGUGCUUCCCAAGCGGCAUCAGGCUGGUCUUCCACCGCUUUGCGCUGUUUUAAUCUCUCUGGUGUUCCAGUCAUGGCUUCCAAAGUCACACCUUGGUAUAAGAAGAAGCGCGUGAGCCAAGUUAAAACUGAUUACGCGUAUGACCACACUAAAUGCGUGUCUGCCAAGCAGCACACGGCAGUCAGGACAUCCAGCUCUAAAUCGGUGAGCCAAGUGCAGGCCCAGGCCACAGCGGCUAUGGCAGAACCAACCUAUACCGUACCUGCGUUCCGGCAGAGAACUGCUGAGGAGGGGACGGAGGAGUACCAGCGGGUGAGCACGAAAGUUGAGAAAGGACUGACUGUGAUCCAGGAGGAGCUCCACAGGAUGAGGAUGGCCACCAAGACCCAAGUGGAUAACAUUGCUAUCCAGAGGGAGGUUAGGGACAUGAUGUACAAGAAGACGAAUGUGUUGGAGGACAUCCCAAAGUCGCCGGACUUCCUGGUUGCCCUGCGGCCCCACACCGUGUGGGAGAAGACCCCCGUCAAACUGUUCUGCACGGUGCAGGGCAACCCGAGGCCCAUUGUCAAAUGGUAUAAAGGCGGAGUGCCGGUCGACCCGCUCACCGCUCCAGGAAAGUACAAGAUUGAAAACAAGUAUGGAGUCCACAGUUUGAUCAUUAGCAGGUGUGCUGUGAGUGACACCGCGGAGUACAGCGCUGUGGCCACCAACGUUCACGGGACGGCGACCAGCAAGGCCACGGUCACCGUAAAGAGAGCAUCAGGAUCCGGGGAGUCCUGCCUGCUUGGUUUAGUGCCCCACCUGACUGAGAUCCAUCCCAGUAAGCUGGAGGUCAGCAUGCUGGAUCGCUUCUCUGUGAGCUUUGGCGUGGAGGGGGGCUCCAUCAGUCUGGUCUGUACCCUGGUUGUCGUGCCUGACCUCCCCAACCUGCCCCCCCUUGCCCAGUGGUACAGAGACGAUAAACUGCUGAAACCAAGCAAGCUGGCAGAGAUGUCGGUGGGUGGAGGUGCGGCCCGUCUGACGCUGCCCCACCUGGCCAAGGACGACGAGGGCCUCUACACUCUCCGCAUCUUCACAAAGGACGGUACCACCGAACACAGCGCCUACCUGUUUGUUUCAGAUGCCGCGCCCUCUAAGCCCGGGGCUCCUGGUGCACCAUUAAGCGUAAAGGCAUACGACAUCAACGCCGACUACGUCCUGGUUGCCUGGAAACCCCCCAACACCGUCAACGAGGCGGUAAUCACCGGAUACUUCGUGGAUCGGUGUGACUCUGGCAGCGACACCUGGGUCCAGUGCAACGACGCCCCCGUGAAGGUUUGUAAAUACCCGGUGCACGGCCUGAAAGUGGGCCACUCCUACCACUUCCGGGUCAGGGCCGUGAACAGCGCCGGCGUCAGUAGGCCGUCCCGCAAGUCGGACAAAGUGACCGCCCUGGACGCCGCCGAGAGCGAGAGGCUGCAAGUGAUUAAAAUCGAAGGGAAAUACGACAUAGUGAUCAAGGCUGAGGACCUGGAAGGCUACGUAACGAUCCCGGGGGAGCCCACCGACGUGCACGCAUCGGAGAUUUUCAAAUCGUACGUGGUGCUGAGCUGGACGCCUCCCAGCCCCCGCGGACGAGCUCCGCUGUGGUACGUCAUCGAGAAGUGCUUAGCGGGCACUGGAGCAUGGCAGCGGAUCAACACGGCAGUCAAACUGCACUCCCCUCGUUACCCGGUUUUUGAUUUGCAAGACGGGCAAAAGUACCAGUUCCGAGUGUAUUCGGUCAACUUGUACGGGUCCAGCGAGGCGUCCGAGCCCUCUGAACCCGUCCAAAAGGUGGAUGAGGAUGGUGUGGAGCUCCCAAUUGGCGUCCCGUCUGCUCCCGGCCAGGUCGUUGCCACCAGAAACACCAAGUCGUCUGUGUUUGUGCAGUGGGAUGCUCCCAAACAUCUGAAGAACCUCAUGGGUUACUACAUCGAUGGCCGCAUUGCAGGAUCCAAGGAGUGGUUCCCCUGUAACCACAAACCCUAUAAACACAACAGGUUUGUGGUCCACGGCCUGAUCCCCGGGGAGAGCUACACGUUCCGUGUCCAAGCCGUCAACGUGUACGGCCUCAGUGAGGAGUCUCAGGAGUCCUCAUCCAUCACCGUGGAGCCAGCCCUCGGCAAGGGGGUGGAAUAUGCAACUCCCAGCGCUCCCUUUGGCAUCACUCUGCUGAGCUGUGACGGAUCCUCCAUGACUUUGGCCUGGAAGAGUCCCAAACACAGCGGCGGCUCCAAAGUCAACGCUUACUACAUCGACAAGAGAAACGCCGACUCUUUGGUUUGGAAGGAGGUCAACCUGGCGGCCAUCACGGAGAGAGUCUGCACUGUUGACAGUCUGACCGAGGGAACCUUCUACGAGUUCAAGGUCCAGGCGGCUAACAUGGCCGGUGUCGGCGUGCCCUCUGCUCCCAGCACCCCGAUGAAAUGUGAAGCUUGGACCAUGGAAGAGCCAGGCCCGGCCUACGACCUGAGCUUCAGUGAGGUCCGGAGUCAGUCCCUCGUCCUCUUGUGGAAGGCUCCAGUCUACACCGGAGCCAGUGCCGUCACUGGAUAUUUGGUGGACAUGGCUAAGAAGGGCUCAUCGGAGUUUGUUACUCUGACUCAGGAAGCUGUGAACCACCGUUACCUGCAGGUGACUGGUCUGACAGAAGGUGAAACCUACGUGUUCAGAGUUCGUUCCGUCAAUGCGGCCGGUGUUGGAAAACCUUCCCAGUUGUCUGAGCCGAUCUGUGCCAAAGCUCUUCCAGGCACCAAGGAGAUUGUGGCUGGCGUGGACGAGGAGACUGGAGACGUCUUCCUGUCUUUUGAAGCCUGUGAGAUCUGUGAGACGUCCAAGUUCGUGUGGUCGAAGAACUACAAAGCCAUCGGCGAGUGCCCCAGGGUGGCCGUCACAAACAAGGGCAGAACUUCCAGGCUGACUUUCUCCAACCCCGAUAAAGACGAUCUCGGCACAUACUCUGUGGUCGUCACGGACACCGAUGGCGUUUCCUCCAGACACACUCUGAUUGAGGACGCCCUGAACACCAUGCUGGAGCUCAGCUACGCCAUCAGACAUCCAGUUGUUCCUCUGAAGCACGGUCUGAACUACGAGGUUUUGGAGAAGGGUCACGUGCGCUUCUGGGUGCAGGCCGUCAAGCUGUCCCCCUCUGUGUCCUACAGGUUCAUCGUUAACGACAAGGAGGUCAAAUCUGGGGAGGGAAUCAAGAUCAGUCACGAUGUGGCCACGGGGGUCAUCCAGAUGACUUUGGACCAGUUCACCAGAGCCAACGAGGGCACUUACACAGUCCAGAUCACCGACGGCAAGGCCAAAGUCCAGAGCUCCCUGGUCCUGGUGGGAGACGUGUUCAAAGUUGCUCUGAAGGAGGCUGAGUUUCAGAGGAAGGAGCACAUCAGGAAGCAAGGUCCACAUUUCUCUGAGUAUCUGUACUUCACUGUCACUGAGGAUUGCACUGUCAUGCUUGCCUGCAAGGUGGCCAAUGUGAAGAAGGAGACGUCUUUCCACUGGUACAAAGAGGAUGAGGAGAUUGUUCCAGAAACUCCUCCCAAUGUUAUGUCGGGAGCCUGCGCUCUGCCCAUCCCUCUGUUCUCCAGAAAGGAUCAUGGCAUCUACAAGGCCGUGCUCAGUGACGACCGAGGAAAGGACACGUCUCUGUUUGACAUUUCAGGCAAAGUGUUUGAUGAUAUCAUCAAUGCCCUCGCCAAGAAUGCUGGUGCGUCUGCCUCUGAGCUGGUACUGCAGUGCACACCAGAGGGCAUCAGGCUGCAGUGCUACAUGAACUACUACACAGAGGAGAUGAAGACCGUCUGGAAACACAAGGAGAGUAAGAUCGCCUCCUCUGAGAAGAUGAGGAUCGGAGGCACGGCGGAGAUGGCCUGGAUGCAGAUCUGUGAUCCGUCUGACAAGGAGAAGGGUAACUACUCCAUCGAGAUCUCAGACGGCGUGCAGACCCACACCAGAUCCUUCGACCUCUCCGGACAGGCAUCAACCGAUGCCUACGAGGAGUUCCUCCGAGCCGAGCAGAUAAACCACUUUCUAUCAGAGAAGGAGAUCCUGUUCAUUUUGGAAAAUGCAGAGUUACCAGUGGUGGAGGAGGAAGACCCGUCUGAGGGGAAACGGGCCGCAGACGAGGACAGACCCUCCACCUACUUCCCAACCGAGUCGGAUGAGGAGGUGCCCGAUCUUGACCUGGGCUGGCCGGAGGUCUCGCUGGAGGAUGUGGAGACCAACAUCAGCCUGCUGUUCCAACCGCCCAGACAAAACACUCCGACCAUUAAAGAAGUGGUUCGCAAGCAGAUACAGAAGGCGAGGAAGGUUAUUGCCAUAGCGAUGGACGUGUUCACUGAUGUCGAUAUUUUCAAAGAGAUCAUCACUGCCACGUUGAGGGGCGUGGUGGUCUACAUCCUCCUGGAUGAAGCCCAGUUCAAGAGUUUCCUCACCAUGUCACACAGGGUGGGCGUCAACAUUCAAGACCUCAAGACCCUUCGUGUCCGGACGGUUCAGGGUCAGCAGUACCAGUGCCAGUCCGGGGUGAAGUUCCAUGGAGAUUUGGAGCAAAGAUUCCUCAUGGUGGACUGCAAAACAGUGGUGUAUGGAACAUACAGCUAUACAUGGGCGUUUGAGAAGAUCAACCUCAGCAUGGUCCUGGUGAUCACGGGUCAGCUGGUUGGCUCUUAUGACGAGGAGUUUCGAAGACUGUACGCUCGUUCCUCAUUUCCUGUAGUUCUGUCCAGGGAGAAGCCAUCUGUCCUGUACCUACGAGACACUGUGGGCCUGCAGAGCCCAAAUUCCAGCCAGGUUUUCCUCCAUCAAAUUCAAAAGACACCCAAAGUUAUGCCUGACAUGAGGAUUACUCAGGAUGACAGGAUUAACAAUGCCGCCAUAAUGACCAGGGGCCUGAGCGUGCAGGACAGACUGCAUCAAUCUCACUGUUUGGACAUGGGGAAUCUGGUGCGGGGACACAGCUAUGGCGGAGAACUGCAGAAUUUGAACUCCAUAAGUCGUCUGCGGAUGGGGACCAAGAACGUCGGAGUCCCCUUCGCUCCCGAGAACACAGGAUCUAAAGUGAGGGGGGGUGGCGACUCGCUGCUAACAAACAGGAUGUCUCACCAACACAUUAGGCACCAGACUCGCUAUGGAGCGGACCAAAAUAUGAUACCGUUCAACUCUGAAACCUCCCUCAACAGGUGGAAGAUAGACACAUACUUUAAUGACAGCAACAUGCCUCUAGAUGCCUCAUGCGAUGCAUUAUCCCCAAUGGCAUCUCCGUAUAGUAGCCACACAGGCUUGAACGAGCAUCAGUCACAGCUGAUUCACAACAGGUCGAGGGACAUAAAGUCCAGGAUGGAGGAACUGAGGCAGAAGAGGCUCAGUCUGCAGGAGUACAGUAAUCUCAAGCAGAGCCAAGAGUCCUUGAGGUCUCUGUAUAUGACUGUGGAAAGACCUAAAUUUGUGUCUCUGUUAAGAGGUAUGGACAAGCGGCACAGUGCGGCAGAAUUAGAGCCAAAGACAGUCAAAGGUUGCAGCCUGGAAGCAGCCAACCCCAGAGACGGUGAGUCAAAUAAGGGAGGCAACAAAAGAGAGCAACCUUUCACUGAUGGACACCGCUCUGCCUCUCACUUCAACGUCACAAUGGCUCAAGAUCGAAAGACAACGCAGACGUACGACUGGCACGAGCCUCUUUCCAGGACAACCUCGGCUGCCGAAUUAGAGAUGAAACUAAAGGAUCCAUUGCUCAAGCUCUCUCAUUUGCAGCCCAGUGGUCUCCAACACCCAAGAGCGAUGGAGUCUUUGAUUGAGAUCCCUGAAGAGAAAGAGGGUUCACGUGUCAACAGUUCGGACUCAGCUGCAUUUAAAGAUGAAAAUGAGGAGAUUCGCAAGGACAAGAAAGCUGUUCCAAAGGAGAGCACUGUGCAGUCCAGCGUAUCUGCUGAAUCACAGCGCCAGGAUCAAGCCAGAGGAAGACGUGGUUCUGUAGGUAAGGCAGCCAACAGCUCAGGCUCACCUGCUCCAAGAGAAGGAAUAAAAUCAACACCUAAUGAGACACAACCUGUCCCAAAAAUCGUAAGCACUUCGACAGGACCUCAGCAUGCCGCCAACGCUAAGAGUAGUCACAUAGAAAAAGAGCCAACACAGCGCGAGGAACCGCCCCUUCAGAGGAAGAAUUCCUUGAGAAAGAAAGUAUACUUGAUGCUUUCCCCAGACGAAAAGAAAGCAUCCAAAAAACAUGAGAAGUCACUCCAAAGAAAGGCCUCGCUGAGAUCUUCGCUAAAUCCCUCAGGAUCCAACCAACCCCUCAGAUCAGCCCAUUCACAGGCACCUGUGCCAGAGCAAACCACAGAGAAAGGUCAAUUGCCGAGCAUCACCAGGUCCCAGAGCUCUCUCGGUAGUCAACCCGAGACAGAGAAGCAUAAAUCUCCAUUCCAAAGACUGUCUCCUCAGCGUUCAAGCAAAAAGAAGCCGAAUCCAGCAGGAGAGCCGGACCGAGGCUCGAAGAACACUCUGGACGCCGAGGGAGCGACUGCCCAUCACACCAAGAGAGAGAAAGUCUACAGUCGGUUUGAAUAUUAUCUCAGCUCUGACAGUAUUCCUCAGGAUAAAUCAAUGACAGGGGCAAGCAUGUUGCCUUCAGAAAAAGACAGAGGCUCUUCCCCGAACAAUCAUGACUCUGGCUAUCCAACGUAUGAGACACAAAGUGGCACAGACAACAAACUGGGAAGAUUCAUGCAGCGAGUAGGAAAUCUAAUCGGUAAGAACAAGUAGAGUUGUAGGAAAAGAGGAACCAUGCUCAAGAAUGAAGGCAGUAAUCCAUGUUCUGUUUAUUGAUGUGUUUUGGUUCCCAUACAGAGACAAAGACGCCAUAUGUGGUCAUCUCUGCAGUAUGCUACGUUUUUUUCUUUUCAUAGGAUUGAUAAUGUACCUAAGAUCUUAUCAGGGAGGCAGCUGGGUCAAUAUGAUAAUACCUGGAAGUCAAGGUGUUUACAGAUGAAGUUAUAGCAGGGUGAAUAUGACACAUAAAAAUGUGUUAUCAAGUGAGUUGAAUCGUGUGGAAAGACAUCUGUCUUUAUAUUGAAAGUGUUUGUUCUUUUUCAAAGUUUACUUAAAGGAAAAGUCUGGUGAGGCUUUUUAGUUUGGCAGGAAAAGACCAAAACCAACACUGAAUGGAGUAAGGAAUUACAAGUAGUUGUCCAGAGUCCUGUCCUGUAGGCUAAACCUGAGCUUUGAUUAGUUAUAGCCUGAUAAAACAUGAGAUGAUGAUUAUAGAAUAGAAUAUAAUAGAUUAGAAUGCCUUCAUUGUCAUUAUACACAAGUACACAGUAUCUGUGCAAUGAGAUUGAAGCAAUCCCUUUACAGUGUUGACACAGAAUUAUCAAAAAUAUAAGAUAUA